ACACAAACACACACACACACACACACACAGAGUGAAGUUUCCUAAAUGGCGAAAACGCGCAUAGUCGCUUACGGCUGAGCACAGGAGUAAAAAGAAACAGAUAGAGGUGUGUGAAAGAAAGAGCACAACCCGAACAUAAGAGACUGUUCAUCUGUCAGUGAUCUGUGAGACGGUGAACGCUGCUCCGCCUCAUGUUUGUUGCGUUUUAGUCCAAGAGAAAACUUCUCCAGUUCAAAGACGGAAACAACGACGAUAAGGACGCAGGACGAAUUAACAUCCACAAACUACAACCAGAUGCACAUCAGACCAGAGAGCUGUGUUUGAUUAGACUGCAGACAACCAAACCUCAUCUGAGAAGAUCUAGUGGUUGAUACCACCACGAUGGGGAACAGCAGCAGUGACAGGUCCAGCGGGGGUCAGCAAGGAGGGAAGGAGGCGCGUCCUAACAUCCUGAUGGACACAUCAGAGGACGCAGAUCUCUUCCAGAGAGAGGAUCCCAAGGCUCCACAAGAAAUACAGGAAUUUCUGGCCUGGCAGCAGGACCUGGAGAGCGACAGCAAAAGCCAAACACAGGCCAGGCCAACUGUGUUUAGAUGGUCGGGGGUCGCCAAAGAAGUCUUUGUCUCUGGCUCUUUCAACAACUGGGCCACCAAGAUCCCACUCAACAGAAGCCAGAAGAACUUUGUGGCUAUAGUGGACCUGCCAGAGGGAGAGCACCAGUACAAGUUUUGUGUGGACGGUCAGUGGACUCUGGAUCCAACUGGGGCUGUGAUGACGUCUAAAACUGGAACAGUCAAUAAUGUUAUCCAGGUGAAGAGAACAGACUUUGAAGUCUUUGAUGCCCUCAGGAUUGACUCACAGGAUUCUGCAGACAUCUCAGAUUUGUCCAGUUCCCCUCCCGGCCCGUACCAACAGGACGCAUAUGUGACCAAAGCAGAAGACAAGAUCAAACACCCUCCUAUCUUACCUCCCCACCUGCUGCAAGUGCUGCUCAACAAGGACACAGGUGUCUCUUGUGACCCGACGCUUCUUCCAGAGCCCAACCAUGUGAUGCUUAAUCACCUGUACGCCCUCUCCAUAAAGGAUGGGGUGAUGGUCCUCAGUGCAACACACAGAUAUAAAAAGAAGUACGUGACCACUCUUCUGUACAAGCCAAUAUGACCCACAGAGCCAUGAUGCGGCCUCUUAUAGUGGAAUAAUCAUUCCUCUGUUGUUGCACACUUGGACUGUUUUUGUUUGUUAAAACAGAACCAAAAUAUUUUCCUGACAUCAAUUUAAAUCUUUUUCUUGCUUUUUUUUUUUACCAUCAUCUAGUCUCAUAUUUUGAAAAUGUAGUGUAUGUUUUAGUUGCUACACUAUGAUGGUGCUUGAUGAUGAAGUCGUAACUGCAACCUAAAGCUUCCUUCUUUAUGAUCAGUCAGUGUCAAACAGGAGCAUGAGGUGAGAACAAAGAACGGUCAGGUGAGGUUUUCAUUGUAAACAUAUCUUAUCCAGAUGUGUCAAUAGAUGAUGCUGACCUUGGUUGAGUAAACUUAAAAAAAAAAAAACCCAACGACAGCCUCUGCUGCAUAAGCUCUCCAUACAGCAAACAGAUAUGACAACACAUAGAGGGUGAAAUUCAACUGGAAGGCAACAUGAGUCUCACUGUCUUUAUUGUCUUUAUUUCAAACUGAUUCCACAGUCAGACCUCUAUUAUGCCAGGUUUUGUCUAAAGAUUUUAAAGAAAUAAAAAAUUAAAAAAAAACAAUA